AUGGCAUCAAGUUCAUCUAAAGACAACCCUGAAGGGUCCCCGACGACCUCCAUAUCUUCGUUGAAAAAUCAAAAACAGGAUAGGUCACCAUCUGUAUCAUCAUCAAAGGACGAAAGAUGGCCGGAAAUGUUGUUAUCGAGACCAGAGAAAUCAUAUUUUUACACUACGAAAACCCGAGACCCUGUGGUGAUAGAACGGAGCAAUCUCGUGAAUAUCUCGAAGCUGAUUGUUAAGGAGCUAAUUGAACAAUCUCUUCGCUACGGCCGGAUGCUUGACAGCGACCAUUUGCCGCUACAUCACUUCUUCAUUGUUCUCGAGCAUGUCAUGCGUCACGGCCUCAAGCCUAAAAAGGGUCUUCUCGGCCCGAAGAAAGAGCUCUGGGAUAUUUUACAAAUGGUUGAAAAGUAUUCACCCGAAGCAGCUGAUAUUACAGCCAGUGUAAGAGAUUUGCCGACAGUUAAGACCGCUAUGGGUCGCGCUAGAGCUUGGCUUAGACUCGCGCUUAUGCAAAAGAGGCUUGCUGAUUACCUUAGGAUUCUGCUAGAGCAUCGCGAGGAAACGCUUGAGGAGUACUUCGAGCCCCAUGCACUCAUGUUAAACGAAGAGGCUGUUAUUAUUACGGGCUUAUUGGUGGGGCUCAACGUUGUAGACUGCAAUCUGUGUGUUAAGGAGGAAGACUUAGACAGCCAGCAAGGCGUAAUUGACUUCUCUCUAUAUCUAAGAGGCAGCAACUCUUCCCACGACCUCGCAAACAACGCGAAUAACGGGAACAAUGAGCCAAAACAACGACACAUCAACACAAUGCUUGACCAAAAGAAUUAUAUUGAGGAGCUGAAUAGACAUCUCAAUGCUACCGUAGCGAAUCUCCAGUCGAAAGUGGAAAGCCUCACAACUACCAACGCCCUCAUGAAAGAGGACCUCGCCAUCUCCAAAAAUACAAUGAUUCAACUCGUCGAAGAGAAUAAUCAGUUGAAACAUGCAUUAGGUCAGGAUAUAACUAAAGAUAGCAGGAUCAAAGUGACUGAAUUGCAUUCGGAGGAAGAGGAAAAACGCAGCGUGAAAAGUACUUCGUCGGAGAAAUCCAAAGGGGACAAAGACACGGAAUCUGCCAAAUGUUUGGAAGAAGAGAGGAAAAAGAAUGCGGAACUACAGAAGGAACUCGAUUUGCAAAUAUCACUCAAAGCUGAGAUGGAGGUAGCAAUGAAAUUGCUUGAAAAAGACAUACACGAUAAGCAAGAUACUAUAAUCUCUCUUAGGCGGCAGCUGGACGACAUCAAACUUAUCAAUUUGGAGAUGUACAAAAAGUUGCAGGAAUGUGAAAGUUCCUUGAAACAUAAAACAGAACUAAUAGCCAAAUUGGAAGCAAAGACUGAAUCAAUGGGCAGCACGAUCCAUCAACUUGAUGAAAAGUUACAAGAAGAUAAAGCAGUGAGAAAAAGCUUGGAAGAGAGUGCUCGUUCGUUGGGACAGAAAGCAGCCACCGCUGAAACUAGAGCUGUAGCCGCUGAGAGUGAUCUUAGAAUAGAAAGAGAAUGGAGGAUAUCGCUACAGGAUUCAAUGAUACGAGAUCGAGAUAAAAUAUCAGCGUUGACUCAAGAAGUAGAAUCUCUUAAAUCUAUUGGACAAAAAUAUAUGUCUCUCCAAGAAGAACAACAUCAACUUAAAGUUCAAUACAGCGAAGCGCAGAAAACUCUAGAAGAAGUCGGUGCUACUUUGAGUGAGAACAAACUGCAAUUAGCCGAACUGCUAGAGAGAGAGGCGAGGGCAGCACAAGACGACACUCCGAACUGGACUAGUGAUAAGGACGCAUCUGCCUGUGCGGCUUGUGCGAAGGAAUUCACUAUAGCCAGACGAAAACAUCACUGUAGAAGAUGUGGCAACAUAUUCUGUGGAGCGUGUAGCGAAAAGACUGUAGCGUUAGCUGGCAACACUAAACCGGUGCGAGUGUGCGACGCCUGUUUUGCGGAAGUCCGACUCACAUAG